AUGGUAGGCAAGGAGCCUGACCCACCUGAUGAUAGAGGAUCACUUCCAGCAUGGAUGGCCAACAGCGAGAAUGACGGGAUCCUACGCAUACUACUUCUGCGAGUUGUAUCUGAAGACGAGGACAAACGACCAGCUCUCCCACAUAAUCCAUUUAUUAUUUCACGAUCUGUUGAAACAAUUGUCGGAUACGCGAACCGGCAUUUAGUUUCUGCUGCUAGAGAAGCCAAUGGUAGCCGGUAUGUCUUGCGAACGAAGUCACCUGAAGUCUACUCCAAGUUACGCAAAAUGACUCACUUAUUAGAUGCUGAAAAAACUCACGUUGAAGUAGUGGACCACCCAACUCUCAGUUUCACAAAAGGGGUUGUGUAUGAACCUGACACAAAAAAUAUGAAUGAAGAAGACCUUUUGGAAGAGUUGAGUCGAGACGGCGUUGCAGCUGUUAAAAGGAUUACUACAAAGGACAAGCUAACUGGUGCUACAAAAAACACCCCUCUCCUCAUUUUGACGUUCAAGGGAACAAAAAGACCAACGCACAUAUUAUUUGGAAUGCUACGAAUCAAUGUUCGCGCUUAUUACCCGUCUGUGCUACAGUGCCGCGGCUGUGCUGCCUACGGUCACACACGUAAGCAUUGUUCGAGCGAAGCGGUGUGUUUACAGUGUUCACAAAAUCACACAAUCGACGAUGACCAGGACUGUCCGAACCCAGCUCACUGCUACCAUUGCAAAGGAGCCCACUCGCCGAUCAGCAAGAGCUGUCCGGUCUUCCGGAAGGAGGAAGCAGUGGUUCGAAUCAAGAUCGACAGAGGUGUGACAUACCGCGAAGCCCGCGAAGAGGUCGAAAAAACUAAUACCCAAAACUCGUACUCCAGCCAAGUCCAAACCCGCCUAAAUCAACACUCUGACAAAGACCGAGAAAUUCUGUUGCUUCGCCAAGAACUUGACAAGCUCCGAAGUCAGUUAAAAGACUUUUCCCAGUUAAAAUCUCAGCUAGAAGCCCUGCAGACAUUGCAUCAAGCAGCACUCAAAACGAAUCAAGAACUGGAAAGUACUCAAGCAACUUCAAGGCCAAUCAAUGUUAGGCCGGAAGCACCCCCUAAGAUUCGAUUAUCUAGGAAGGAUUCAGCAAAAAAAAGCUCUAUAAACAAUCUAAAUGAUACACAACCUACGAAACAACAAGAAAAUCAAAAUACUGCAAACUCUUGUAGAUAUCCAAGUCGCAGCAUGAGCAGAAAACGGAUCAUGCAAACAUCACCUCCAAAAAAAUACGACAAAGCUUCCAAGAAAAACUACCAAGAAAAUCCGAUCGAAGACACUUGUAUGUUGAGCUCUGACGGACAGCCUUCGGAUGACGAUGACUUUGAUGACUGA